AUGUCGAGCCUUGUGCGUUGGCUGAAGCGACAGGCCGACCACAACGCCGUCUCCUAUUCCAGAUUCGGGUUGCCAGGCGAUGAGACAGACGAUCGUCCCCCGCCCACCGAGAUUCACAUUGCCAAGUUUGACGAGCUCGACAAGCAGUUUAUGCUUUUCGGUUUCCACUCGCAGCGGCUGGCAUUGUUAUCAGCCGGCUUCGGGAUGUCGAUGGGUCUGUUCUUCUUCCUCAUCUUUUUCUUCGAAUUCGACUGGUACCACCACGCCAAGGGAUUCGACAUUGCCGCAUUUAUGAUGCUGAUGUUUUUCGUGGCCGGCUGUAUCCUCAUCCACUACCAGGUCGUUGCUGGGAUCAAGAAGGGCAGUCCACGUCUUCUCAUCCCAUUCAUCGUCGUCUACAUCUUCCUCUUCACUUCCUGCUUCACCAGCACGCUCUACGUGUUGGCACAGCUGAUCACCGGCGCUCACGACCCCCGAUUCACGGCCAGCUUCGAGACGACGAGAAGUGCGCAAGCGGUGACCCUAUUCUUCCAAUGCAUCGUCUUCACAUGCCAGGGGGUCAUGCUCGAGUCUGUGGCUCGAUGUAGAACAUAUUUGGCGCGUCGUCAGAUCCACGAGGCCGAGCUGCAGAUUGCCAAUCUUAGCAAAUCUCGCAACCCGAACCUGAACAUUGUCAUGGGUGAGAGGCCGAAUGGACCGACGGUGGCCAUCGCGGCGGAAACGAUCGGCCAGCCCCCAACGUACGAUGAGGCGCGCCAGCAGCCGCCCAAUGCACAACGUACCCUCUUCACCACCGUAUCCGAGAAU